AUGACAUCUGAUAGAACAUUUAAACUCUUUCUCAAAAUAGUCUGUACUCAUUUAAAUAUUAUUAAUCCUCAAGAAGUAAUCGCUAAUUUCUUAGACUUUGAUAAUAUACGUAAUCGAACACUGUUACAAAGAUUAUUCGAUGUCUCAUCUAGAUCACCAAUUGAUGUAUAUAAUACACCAUUCGGUUUAAUAUUUUAUAAAACUAGUGAAAACUAUGAGAAAACAUUUGCUAUCCCAAUAGCUAAUGGUGUUCCGGUUCUUCAAAAGUCUGUAGAUCAUACAGGAGCAGGGAGUAAUCCAGAUGACUUGCAAAGUACACAAUCGGAUAAUGAUGCCUAUGUGGUACUGGGAGUUGCAGAUGGUGAUAUUGACCAGCGUUUAUCUGGUUCACUUGACACAGAUAUGAUGAAGCAAAGAGACUCUUCAGCAAGUGUUCAGAGUACAGGUGAAGGUGAGAAUGAGACAAGUGUAACAGGGAAUGGUUCUACACAACAAUUCCUGUUUAUCACUAGAACAUUUACACGUGAAUGUUUAAAAGUACAAAAGUUACCAAUAUAUGAUUCAUUCACUGAAACUUACAAUAUUACUCAGUACUUUUAUGUGGUUCGAACAAAUCGUGCUCGUGCUAUACCUAAUGUUAAAUCAUAUGCCGAAGUAAUGCAACACUUUCCAGUCUCUUUAAAUAUUGGUUAUUUACAAGACACAAUGCUCAACUGUACACUUCGUACUAUUUCUAAGGUAUAUACUAAAAUGUUAUCUUAUUUUGGGCAUAAAAGAGAUAUGUUCUCAGAAGAUGAUGCUUUAGAUUCACGUGCAGCAAAUUUCUCACCUUCAUCAGGUAAAAAAAGUGUUAUGGAUCAUCAUUCAUCAUCACGCGUAAAUAAUAAACAUUCAUCCUUUUUAAAUGAACAAGAAGAUUAUCAACGUUUGAGAGAUGAAUUCAGUGUAACGCUGCAUAAAUUUAAUGGUGUACUCGAAGAGACAUCUGUUGCUUUGUUGGGUGUAUUUAAUCUUACUAUACCAGAUUUUAUGCCAGACAAUGAUAAUUAUGUGAUUGAUCCAACAAGAGAUUUUAUUUUCAAUGAUAAACUGAUUCAAUUAUUUAAAGAAUGGGACGAACAGAUUGACGGUGCACUAGAAAUUCUUGACAAACCACGACCAAUUAGUUUAGGACCAUUGGAUGAAGUUGAUCAUUGGCGUUAUCGUAGUAAAAUUUUGACAGCUAUAUCAGAAUCACUGAAUACAAAACAAUCACGUUGGGCAAUCGAUACAUGGAGUAUACUAAAUCCUGAUUUGCAGCCAUAUACACGUGGUGCUGAAAUAAAAUCAUUAAUGUUUGAAGCUAAGGAUAAUUCAAGGUAA